CUUCUACUACAAAACAAUCUCACGUCACUAUCAAUUCAAUGAAAUCCAGACAUUGAAGAUAAAGUUGUAAUAGUAAGAGAAUGAAUCGUCAGUAAAGGAUUGAUUUUUCAGUAAAGGAUUGAUUUUUCAGAACAAAACAAUGAUGAGCUCACAAUUCGAAUUGGUGCAGGCCACAACAGUUCCUCAAAUCCCUAAUUCCCCAAAUUCGUCGUCUCACCAUCGUCACGUUCUCUCCCAGAGAAUUUACAUUCCUGCUAACGUCUACGAACACCCUGCGGCACUUCUUCUAGAGAGAUGUUCUUCUCUGAGAGACCUCCGUCACAUUCUUCCUCUCGUCUUCAAGAAUGGUCUUUAUCAGGAGCACCUUUUCCAGACGAAGCUUGUUAGCUUGUUUUGUCGUUACGGCAGCGUCGUUGAGGCUGCUCGUGUUUUUGAACCCAUUGAUGAUAAGCUCGAUGUUCUGUAUCACACUAUGCUUAAAGGGUAUGCUAAAGUCUCGGACUUGGAUAAAGCUUUGAAUUUUUUUGUUCGGAUGAGGUACGAUGACGUUGACCUUGUUGUGUAUAACUUCACGUAUCUUCUGAAAGUUUGCGGAGGCGAGGCAGAGCUUAGGGUUGGAAAAGAAAUUCAUGGGUUGUUGGUGAAGAGUGGGUUCUCGCUGGAUUUAUUUGCCAUGGCUGGACUUGAGAAUAUGUAUGUAAAGUGUAGGCAGGUACAUGAGGCCCGUAAGGUGUUUGAUAGAAUGCCUGAGAGAGAUUUGGUUUCUUGGAAUACAAUGGUGGCUGGGUACUCACAGAAUGGGAUGGCGAGGAUGGCUUUGGAAAUGGUUAAUCGAAUGUGUCAGGAGAAUCUGAAGCCUAGUUUUAUCACUGUUGUCUCUGUUUUGCCUGCUGUUUCUGCUUUGGGGUCGAUGAGUAUUGGUAAGGAGAUUCAUGGGUAUGCCUUGCGGUGUGGAUUUGAUUCUCUUGUCAAUAUCUCCACCGCUUUGGUUGAUAUGUACGCAAAAUGUGGUUCUCUGGAAACUGCUCGACAGCUCUUUGAUGGGAUGUUGGAAAGGAAUGUUGUUUCAUGGAAUUCAAUGAUUGAUGCGUAUGUGCAGAAUGAGAAUCCUAAAGAGGCACUGGUAAUUUUUCAGAGGAUGUUGGACGAAGGAGUGAAACCCACUGAUGUGUCUGUCAUGGGUGCUUUGCAUGCUUGUGCUGACCUGGGGGAUCUUGAGAGAGGAAGAUUCAUUCAUAAGUUACUGGUUGAGUUGGAUCUUGAUAGAAAUGUUUCGGUAGUGAACUCGUUGAUCUCCAUGUAUUGCAAGUGCAAGGAAGUUGAUACUGCAGCUUCUAUAUUUGGGAAAUUACAGACCAGAACCCUUGUAUCUUGGAACGCAAUGAUCUUAGGAUUUGCACAGAACGGACGUCCCAUCGAAGCAUUAAAUUACUUCAGCCAGAUGCAGGCUUGGACAGUGAAACCAGAUACGUUUACUUACGUGAGUGUAAUAACUGCUCUUGCAGAGCUGUCAGUUACACAUCAGGCCAAGUGGAUACAUGGUGUUGUUAUGCGAAGUUGUCUGGACAAGAACGUGUUUGUCACUACGGCUCUAGUCGACAUGUAUGCGAAGUGUGGAGCAAUUUUGACUUCUAGAAAGAUUUUCGCCAAGAUGAGCGAGCGUCACGUGACAACAUGGAAUGCUAUGAUAGAUGGAUAUGGGACGCAUGGUAACGGGAAAGCUGCUCUGGAGUUGUUUGAAGAAAUGCGAGAAGGCAACAUCAAACCAAAUGGUGUCACAUUUCUUUCUGUUAUUUCUGCUUGCAGCCACUCGGGUUUGGUGGAGACAGGACUCCAGUGCUUCCACAUGAUGAAGGAAAACUACGGCAUAGAACCGUCAAUGGACCACUAUGGAGCUAUUGUCGAUCUUCUAGGCCGAGCUGGACGGUUGAAGGAAGCAUGGGACUUUAUUAUGCAGAUGCCCGUUAAGCCGGCUGUCAAUGUAUAUGGUGCCAUGUUAGGUGCUUGCCAGAUUCAUAAAAAUGUGAAUUUCGCUGAGAAAGCAGCAGAGAGACUGUUUGAGUUGAACCCGGAUGAUGGUGGGUAUCAUGUGCUUCUUGCAAACAUAUAUCGUGCAGCUUCAAUGUGGGAAAAGGUGGGAAAAGUGAGAGUUUCAAUGUCGAGACAGGGUUUGCGCAAAACUCCUGGAUGGAGUAUGGUGGAGAUAAAGAAUGAGGUGCAUAGCUUCUUCUCAGGAAGCACAGCUCAUCCCAGUUCCAAGAAGAUAUAUGCUUUUCUUGAGAAGCUGAUGUGCAAGAUCAAGGAAGCUGGUUAUGUUCCUGACACAAAUUUAAUCCUCGGCGUGGAAGAUGAGGUUAAAGAGCAGUUGCUGAGUAGCCACAGCGAGAAGCUGGCUAUUUCUUUUGGACUCCUGAAUACAACAGCUGGUGCAACUAUUCAUGUUAGAAAGAAUCUGCGGGUCUGUGCUGACUGUCACACUGCUACAAAAUACAUUUCCCUUGUGACCGGACGGGAAAUUGUAGUACGAGACAUGCAACGGUUUCACCAUUUCAAGAACGGUGUCUGUUCAUGCGGAGAUUACUGGUGAGAUGACCUCCACCCAAAACAUUGAUGACCUAGUCUGAAGUAGAAGCCCUCAUAGAGAGCUACAAUUUGUUGUAUUAUAAAACAAGAUGAAAGCUGAUCACGAAUGAUGAUAUCUUCGCUGUAGAUAUAUGAGCAAAGUCUCGUUUGGAAUCCAGGCAAUUUAUUCAUUUUUGCCAACUCUGUUUUUCCUUUCUUUCCCAUUACAUGUGAAGCUGAAAAGUGUUUGUUGUGGAAUUGGUAGCGAAAAAGUCUUCUUUCUGUUUAGACUAUAGGCUACAGAGAGUCAAACAAAGGCUUCUGUUGGACAUGGACAGGGACACAGGGUUGAUGUAAAAUGAAGUUUUAUAUUAGAAUAAGUAUAUCCAUUU